AUGCCUACUUUAUCCAAUUUGACGCAGACACUGGAAGAUGCCUUCAAAAGGAUUUUUAUUACUUACAUGGAUAAUUGGCGCAGGAACACGACAGCUGAGCAAGAGGCGCUCCAAGCCAAGGUUGAUGCAGAGAACUUCUACUAUGUCAUCCUGUACCUCAUGGUGAUGAUUGGAAUGUUCUCUUUCAUCAUCGUAGCCAUCUUGGUGAGCACAGUGAAAUCCAAGAGGCAGGAACACUCCAACGACCCCUACCACCAGUACAUUGUGGAGGACUGGCAGGAAAAGUACAAAAGUCAAAUUUUGAAUCUAGAAGAAUCCAAGGCUACCAUCCAUGAGAAUGUUGGUGCAACAGUGUUCAAAAUGUCUCCUUGA